UCCUAUAUAAACACACACCCCUACCUUAUCACCUGCAAUCUCUCUCCCUCUUCAUUUGAUCUGUAAGCCAUGGAUAGUCUUCCUAACCCCUUUAAGGGUACCCUGAAGAGGCACUGGAAGAGAAGACAAUACGGCCGACUCGACAGUACAACCUCAAACAGAAAAAAGAUAAAGAUCACAAGGUUUGGAGGGAGGAGGCCGAGGCGAAUUUGGAGAAUCAAAACAGUUCCAAAGUUUCAGUUAAAGAUUGCUUCACCGUCGAAGCUUUGGAAGAAGCUCAAGAAUGCAUAUAUCAACAUGAUGCUUAGUUUGGCAGGCAGAGUGAGCUCCAUGAGUGGUGAAGAUGCUUUUCGUAGCGGGAAUCGGAUUUCAAUGGCUAGCAGAGUUCCAGUGGCUUGUUCUCAAGAUGAGUUUGAGAAUAGGCUGGUAAUUGAAAUUUUUAAGUCCUUAAUGGUUUCUAAGGAAUUGGGUACUACUGCCUCAAUUGCAUAGAGAAAAACUACUUAAUUGACUGUUUUUCUCAUUUUGUAUUAGGGAAAGUUGAUUAUAUCUACAUCCAUCCCAUGGAAAGUUGGGAGACAGACAGUUCUCCCCCUUCGUUUUUCUCUUAAUUUGAGUAAAAGAGUAAUAUUAUGUGAUGAUCUUAUCAAUUAAUGAGAAAUUUCAUAUUGUGAUACUGGGGAUUAUAUA